ACCAGUCCUGCACCGACAUUCAUUUCAAGGCACGUCUUCCCAACCAUUUUAAAGUACAAUGUCUGACUGCCAUCACGCCCAACAUUUCCAUAGAGUUCCAACUUUUUCUCAUACACUAUUUGCCUAGUGUGAGAGAUCCAAAGACUAAAAUUUAAAAAAAAAAAAUUCCUAUCCAACCCAUUACUCCGUUCAAUUCCCAUCAACCACAUAUACCCCUAUAUAAUGCAACCCUCUACUCCCAAAUUCUACAACCUUCAACUUUCUCUCUCUAACCAUGUCUAGUUCCAGCAGAAAAAGAAGCAAAAUCUUGCUUGUACUCUUACCAAUUUUAGUCCUUGCCUUGUUCACACUCUCUUCACUAACCUUAAAGAAAAGCCAAACCCAACAACACAUACACAUCCACAAACACAUCCAAUUAAAAAUUGCACACUCAGCAUGCGAAGGCACUCUCUACCCAGACCUCUGCGUAUCAACACUCUCCACAUUCCCAGAUCUCCACAAAAAAACACUCCCACAAAUCAUUUCCCAAGUCGUGAACAACACCGUUGGGGAUGUCCGAGCUUCCGCCACCAACUGCACUGACAUCCGCAAGAAACUCCGCCUCCACCUGGCCCCACUCGACAAGCGAGCCCUCGACGACUGUGUUGACCUCUUUCACUACACCAUUUCCGAGCUCAACACCGCCAUCUCCGAUCUCUCCAGGAAAUCUCCUUCCACCCACUACCAUGACUUGCAAACGCUACUCAGUGCUGCAAUGACCAAUCAGUACACUUGUCUCGAUGGCUUCGCUUACAGUGAGGCAAAUGUGCGUGACUUUAUUCAAGAUCGAUUGUUUAACAUCUCUCGUCACGUUAGUAAUUCUCUAGCCAUGCUCAAGAAAAUCACCGCGGUCAAUGCGUCGUCGUCGUUGGUUGACGGAGUGUUCCCGGAGUAUGGGAAGCUGAAAGAUGGGUUUCCAACGUGGCUGACGCGGAUUGAUCGGAGGCUGUUGCAGACGGCGGUGAAUGCGACCAAGUAUAAUUUGGUGGUGGCGAAGGAUGGGAGUGGGAACUUUACGACGAUUGGAGAGGCGGUGGCGGCGGCGCCGAACAAGAGUGUGACGAGGUUUGUGAUAUAUAUAAAAGCAGGAGCUUAUUUUGAGAAUGUGGAGUUGGAUAGCAAUAAGAGGAUGCUGAUGUUCGUCGGAGACGGGAUCGGAAAGACGUGGGUGAAGGGUAAUCGGAGCGUCGUCGAUGGUUGGACUACUUUCCGGUCUGCUACUGUCGCGGUGGUAGGGAAUGGGUUCAUAGCCAAAGGCAUAUCAUUUGAAAACUACGCAGGGGCAAUCAAACACCAAGCAGUGGCCCUAAGGAGCGGCUCAGACCUCUCAGCAUUCUACCAAUGCAGCUUUGUAGGCUACCAAGACACCCUCUAUGUCCAUUCGCUUCGACAAUUCUACCGCGAAUGCGACAUCUAUGGAACCAUCGACUUCAUCUUCGGCAAUGCAGCUGUUGUUUUCCAGAACUGCAAUCUCUACGCCCGGAUGCCCAAUGCAAACCAGAAAAACAUCUUCACAGCUCAAGGAAGAGAGGACCCCAAUCAGAACACAGGGAUUUCCAUCCUCAACUGCAAAGUUGCUGCAGCUGCGGAUUUGAUUCCUGUACAAUCAUCCUUCAAAACAUACCUCGGACGGCCGUGGAAACAGUACUCCCGGACAGUUUAUCUACUUUCGUAUAUUGGCGACCUGGUUGAUCCGGCCGGGUGGUUGGAAUGGGACGGUGACUUUGCAUUGAGUACCCUCUACUAUGGGGAGUAUUCGAAUAGAGGUCCAGGUUCAAAUACAAGUGCCAGAGUGACUUGGCCAGGUUACAGGGUCAUCACCAACACAACUGAGGCAAGUCAGUUUACUGUUGGGAAUUUCAUACAAGGAGGCGAGUGGCUGACAGCUACCAAUAUCCCAUAUUAUCUAGAUUUGAGUUGAAGGCAAACGUUAAUUAUGCACCUUAUUCAGCUGGUAGCAGUAUUAAACAAUAAGUUGUAUUUUUAAGAGAUGAUCAUUUAAAAGUCCUUGUGUUCCAGAGAAAUAUUCCAAUAUAGUAGGUUCUUUCA